AUGGGUCUACUUGCCGCCGGAACACCGCUACCAUGGACCGAAUCUCGUAAAUACAACAACCAUAUCCGAAAACAAGGUAUAGAACAACUGCUGUACGUCUUCCAGGCCGCCGCCAAGAGAGAUAAUGAUCCUCUAUUAUGGGGCGAUGAAAUCGAAUAUAUGAUGCUCGAAGUGGACCAUAAUAACAAGAACGUCAUGCUUGAUGUCACUCACGAUUUCAUUCUGGAUAGGUUCGCUGAGGUCGAUUAUCCCCUUUGCGUGGCUAAUGAUGUCCUUUAUCAUCCGGAGUAUGGGAGAUUUAUGUUGGAGGCAACUCCGGCAAGUCCCUAUGACGGAUACGUCGAUGAGUAUGUCGAGUUUAAUAUGAAGAAGAGAAGAGAUUUGGCCAAGUUUAGAUUGAAUCAAUUCGCUGAAGAGGAAGGUUUGCUUUUACAAAGGAAAAAUUUGGUUCCCAUCAGUUUGACUACUUUCCCCAGAAUGGGGAGAUCAGAUUUCUUGAAUAUUGAAAAUCCUUGGGAUCAUAAGAAUUCAGCAUCAAGAUCUUUAUAUUUGCCCGAUGAAGUCAUUAACAGACAUGUAAGAUUCCCCACUUUGACCGCUAACAUUAGAAUCAGAAGAGGUGAAAAAGUUUGUAUGAACAUCCCCAUGUUUAAGGAUCAAUUCACUCCGGAGACAGAUGAUACUGUCUAUGAACGUGAUUGGUUUGUUCCAGAGGAUAAGGAAUCUCUCAAGGCUACUAAACCAGGUUUUAUUUAUUUGGAUGCGAUGGGGUUCGGGAUGGGGUCCUCUUGUUUACAAGUCACUUUCCAAGCUCCAAAUAUUAAUUUGGCACGUUAUGUGUAUGACAGUUUGGUUAAUUUCGCCCCCAUUAUGUUGGCUGCAUCUGCAGCAGCACCAGCUUUUAAAGGUUGGUUAGCUGACCAAGAUGUUCGUUGGAACGUCAUCUCAGGUGCUGUGGAUUGUCGUACUCCAUGGGAACGUAACACGGAACCAAUAUUACCCAAGUAUAAUAAAGAUGGAAUGGGUGGUCUUUCUGAAGAUGCUAAGAAAUCCGUGCAAAGAAUUCCUAAAUCAAGAUACAGUACGGUGGAUUUAUAUUUAGGUGGUAACGAAUUUUUCAAUAGAACUUUGAAUGAUACUGAUGUACCCAUUAAUGAAAAGGUAUUGAAAACAUUGUUGGAAAACGAUAAGGCUCCUCUUGAUUAUGAUUUAGCUAAGCAUUUCGCACAUUUAUACAUUAGAGACCCUAUAUCUGUCUUUGAGGAAAGUAUUGACCAGGAUAAUAAGACGUCCACGAAUCAUUUCGAAAAUUUGCAAAGUACAAAUUGGCAAACUUUACGUUUUAAACCUCCAACUCAAGAAGCUGUACCAAGUAAUAAGAGAGUUCCUGGUUGGAGAGUCGAGUUUAGACCCUUAGAAGUACAAUUGACCGAUUUCGAAAAUGCCGCAUACUCAACAAUGCUUUACUUAAUCGUGGAAUAUUUAUUAACGUUCCCUGAUAGAAUUAACGCAUAUAUACCAAUGUCACAAGUUUGGGAUAAUAUGCAUACUGCUCAUCAUACAGACGCUAUCUUAAAUGAACACUUUUACUGGAAGAAUUCUUUUGAAUCUUCAGAUUUUAACACUUCUAUGCAUUCCAUUAAUGAAAUUUUCCACAGUAUGGAAAAUGGUAUAUUCAAUAAAUUCAUUAAUCCAAUAUUAAGACACAAGGGAUUUGUUUCCAAGGAUUGGAAAGAACUAAAAAAUUCUUCCAAACACUUGAGAACUUAUUACUAUUUAAAAUUAAUCUCUGAUAGAACAUCGGGUAAGAUACCAUCCAUCGCCAAAUACAUCCGUAAUUUCAUAAUGAAUCACAAAGAUUAUAGACACGAUUCUAGAGUUUCUAAAUCCAUCAAUUACGAUUUGAUCAUGGCAUGUGAGAGAAUCACGAAUUUGGAUAACUCGAAUAAUGAUAUGACAGAUUUGUUUGGUGAUGAUAUCACAAACUAUCUCAUACACAGUAAACUUUCAUUCGAGAAAUAG